GGGGCCCAUCGGCCCAGUCCUGCUCCCGCUUCAGGAGGAGUUGGAGCUGGCCUGGCCCCAACCUUAUGCCCUCACCGAGUGAGCUGCUUGCCCACCGUCAGUGCCCCUCCUGCCCGUGCCGGCUGCCAUGAGGGUGACCCUGUUUCUCCUCCUCCUUGGGGGCAUCUGGACUCAAGAGGUGAUUCCAGAGCCUCAGGACAUCACAGCCACUUCAGAGGAGCCUGUACUGGGAGGGUCCUCUGUUUCUCUGGCCUCAACUUUCUUUGAGGCCAAGAACCUCGACUUAGCGACCCCCAGCCCUGUGACAACAGAGGUCCCUGAGGAGGGCAACAGCACCGGGCGCCAGGUCUCCCCACCUUCCUCAGACCUCCGCACAACCAAGGAGGGGCCCUCUCCUGAGGCUUCCACUGCUGCGACCAGUGACCUCCACGAAUCCAACUCAACAAUCUCUUUGAAAGCUUCCACCCAGGAGUCAACAAGCCUGGAAAUUAAUGCGACCGGCAACCCUGCUGCAACACCAAGAAACUCUCUGGCACUCCACGUUGUGACUGAUGGAACCGGGACACCUGGCUCUCUGGAGCCCUCUGACGGAGCCGGUGGACCCCCUGUCACCAUGGCAACCGGCUCUCUGGAGACCUUUGAUGUAACCGGUGGACCCCCUGUCACCAUGGCAACCGGCUCUCUGGAGACCUUUGAUGUAACCGGUGGACCCCCUGUCACCAUGGCAACCGGCUCUCUGGAGACCUUUGAUGUAAUCGGUGGACCCCCUGUCACCAUGGCAACCGGCUCUCUGGAGACCUUUGAUGUAACCGGUGGACCCCCUGUCACCAUGGCAACCGGCUCUCUGGAGACCUUUGAUGUAACCGGUGGACCCCCUGUCACCAUGGCAACCGGCUCUCUGGAGACCUUUGAUGUAACCGGUGGACCCCCUGUCACCAUGGCAACCGGCUCUCCACGGAUCCCCGAGGAGACCCACAGCUCCCCCAUUUCCACGGUAAAAAUCCUCGCUGUGACUACGUCCGUGUCCCUCAAAGACACCAGAAGUACCCAACUUCCAGAUCAGGGGACAAAGGGCACCCUGCUGGUGGCUGUGCUGGUGGCCCUGCUGGUGGUCCUUGUCCUCACGGCCCUGCUCCUGCUGUGGCGCCAGCGGCGGAAGAGGAGGACGGGGGCCCUGACGCUAAGCGGGGGUGGCAAGCGCAACGGGGCGGUGGAUGCCUGGGCUGGGCCGGCCCCGGUGCCCGACGAGGAGGCCCUGAUGGUGGGCCCCACAGGAGGCUCUGGGGGCGAGAAGAGCCCUGGGGCAUCUGCGGGGGACGGGGUGGCCCGGCAGCCCACCCUCACCACGUUCUUCGACGGGCGCAAGUCUCCGCAGGGCUGCCUGGAGCUGGGGGAGCUGAAGGCCGGCGCGGGCCCGCGUCCGCAGGGGGAGGAGGAGCCGCUGGUGGGCAGCAAGGACGAUGAGGCUGCGGAGGGCCACGGGGCCGGGGAGGCCGAGGCCCCUCAGAGCUUGUGAGGGCCGAGAGCGGAGGCCAGUUCCCACCUUCCAUCUUCUUCCGUCGCCUUGUCGCCAGCACGUUCACCUGCACCCCUCCAGCUUCCGAACCGCGGGGGUCCUCCCGCCAGCACCCCGCUCGGUGCCCAGGGCCCUAGACCCACGGGACGCUUCCAGACCGAAUCCAUCGCCCUUCCUCACCGGCUCGGACCUCCCCGCCGCCCUCCCCGUGUUGAGUCCUGCUGAGUCUCCACGGUAAUGAACUUCGGAGAUGGUGAUGUCUCGGAGGACUCCCCAGGGCCCCCAGAGUGUAGGAAGGAGGGUGGAAGCAAACUCUCGCCUCAGAUCACUCUGAAAAGUACUUUUUGGCCCCAUAGAUUAGGACAGUCCUGCUGGGUCAGGCCAGGACCCUCCUUUACCUGCGUGCGGUACUCUGUGGGGGGCCCUGGGGUCACCCAGCUGUGCUCCUAGGUGUGCCCUUGGCUCACUCCGCCGCCCUCCCAACACCUGCGGCCAGAGGCGGCCAGAGGCUACUCCCCCCAAGGGCAAGGGUGAGAAGGGUUUCCGGCCCGUCAAGUUCUCAGAAACCCCGGCACCUGCGUGGGUCCAGUUGGGUGCACUUGGUGUGCAAGAGGCUGGGCCUUGGCUCUAUGUGUGAAGUUGUGGGGUGAGUACAGCGGCGUGAGGAGGGUGGGGAGGAGCGCAGGACGGGCCGUCCGAGGGGCCACCCUGAGGAACCGCCAAGAACAUCGGGCCUCGUCUUUGCUCAGGUGGGAUGGAGGUAGCAGAUUUACUUGUCUGCAGCCCAAUAAAGACGGUGGGGCCUGAGAGAAAGUC